AUGGGUGGAAGAUUGAGCAACGAUUUUGAUAUGCACGACGACGACCAUUUCCUGAGCCUGAUGCGCAUGUUUAACGAAGAUAAAGAGCAUGUGGAUGACCUCAGAAUCUCCUUUCCAGCAUGGGUCGAAAGGUAUUGCGACUAUUCGCACACCAAACAUGCACAAACAGGCAACCAUGGUUUGAGCGAUACCAGUCUCGACAUUCAGAGAAAGAUGGGUGUCUUGAUCAACAAGAUGUGGACUGUUAAAAUGGAAGAUCCAGUUCACCUUUCUCAGUAUUGCGCCUUCAGGAGCUUCAAAGAACUCGGCUCAUAUGUUGAUGUUAUCGUUCCAGAUAUCAUUUGGAAGGCCGCUUUCGUUGCACAUGACUACUUCUGUGUGCCUAAAGACUGCGAGGUCAUGCGCGGAGCGAGCCAAGCCGAGCAAGACUUCCAAAAGCUUGUCAAACCACUCCAUAAAGAAUGCUACAACAGUCGAACGCAACAUCUACAAACCUUCGCUAUUGAAAUCGAUCGUAUCGCACCGAUCAGAGUUCUGGUCACCUACCACCGCAACGAAAAGGUUCGGGAGUUCAUCGACAAGGUCGCAAAGCUUUGCACGAAGCCUACCCUCAUCCCAGUGCUAAACCAGACCGUUUCUACACCUGGCCUGCCAGGCAAUAUCUCGCCUUGCGCGUUUAUCCUAGCACAUGCUGUCCAGAUACUUCUUUUCGCCCCUCAGGAUUGGGACGCCAAUCGUGUCUACACCAGAGAUCAAGACGCCUACGCUCAUCGAUUUCCAACCCCUGAAACCAUCGGAGGUGGGACAACACCCACUGUUGCUGGACUCUUCUCUAUGGAAGACCUCCACCGCGCGAUUCUACUUUUCUACUACUUGCUCAAACGACGAAGUGAAAGGAAAUGGAUCACAAAGAAGGCCCCAGCGAGAUCGUCUAAAGCUGGGUUUCCAGGAUAUCAUCAUCCUACCUCCCCGUCAGUGGACCAUGGUGCACAUCACAAUCCAAAUGAGCCACCGGCGGGCGAAACUUCCCCGAGUGCAUCAGAUUGGGGUCCACAAGCCAAUGAAGUUGAUGCUGUUGCGGACAAUAAUGAACCCGAUGAUUCCGAUAAAGAUGAAGGUGAAUCUGGUCAGCCUGAGGAAGAUGCCAACGAAUCAGAAGGGGUUCUUGAAGAUGAGAAUGAAGAAGAAAGCGAAUCCGCACCCCAUCAGUCUGGCGAAUACAACAGUGAGUCAAAUCAGGGCGAUGAGGACGAGAAUGGGGACGGGCGGGUCAAUGAAGAUGAAGAUGCAGACAUGUCCGAAGGUCUGAACGAAACGGAAACCAUUGAGGGACUCAAGACCAUCACAAUCAACACUUUGAUUCUGGAAUCUCUCACAACCACACGUCCGUCCGAAAGUCUUUCCCAGCGCCUCUGGGAUUUGGGCAAGCCUAAAGCGCCUCCGAUCUCGUCUGGCAACCUUGACUCUGAGCUUUUGUUCCUCCUUGAACAUCAUAUGCAGCCCGAAUUUGAAUACGAAGCAUCCACAUCCAUAAAGAACGAUACACAUGUCCCGUUCGAUCUUGGAAUACCAGAAAUGAAGCAUCUGAUCAAGCAUCCAUCUGGCACCCCAGAAAAUUCGGAGAUCAACCAGCCCUCACCCUUAGUCCUCGUCGAAGAGUGUCAUUAUCAGUGGGGCAUCCCUCAAUACCCCGAGAUCAACGACUCGUGCCCCGCGCAGCCACCAGGGCAAGGGAAUCAUCCCAUUUCAGAAUAUCCGGAACUCCGCAAGGCCGUCUUGACUUCGUUCGACUGGCGGAACAAGAUCCUUCUCGAGUUGGAAGAGCCUCCCUUUCUGGCAACUUUCGAAAACGCAAAGUCUGUCAUGAAAGGCCUUCUUGAUCCGGAAAUCGCGAAAUAUCAGAUCGAGGGGUUUGGGAGUGAAGACGCAACUCCACUUAUCGACACGUAUAAACUGCUUCGCGAUGACCAGACGUGUGGCCUACGAUUGCUAUUCGACCAGGCCAUGGGACAAAGGUCUAGACUUGCACCAACUGAUAGGAUGGACUGCAUUCGCUGGGUUUGCUACUACAAUCCAAUUAUGACUCGAGCUCUGGAGUUGGCAAACAAGUACUGCAGGGACAACAAGGAACGUCUUGUUGUAUAUGUCGAAGAUCCAUGGAUUCAGUGUAUUACAGUGGCCUUGUUCGUCGUAGCCGGCUUCAAUGUUGGCAGUAUCCGGUCCUCGGAUACUGGUAAGGAGCAAGUCAAGAUCAUGGAGCAAUGGAAGAACAAAGCCUCCGGCUUGGAGAUCCUUGUGGCCAACGUGGAUACCAAGGUCGGGGAUAUUAACCCGCAUACAGACUGUGCCAAAGGGCUGCUGUUGAACUGGACCCUUGAACCAGAGCGCAUGCUCAAAAUCAUCAACGACAUGAGCAGCACGAGUCAGAAGGAAAAGCCUAUCCUUCACAUGGUCAAGGUCGCCGGUAGCUACCACGAUGUCAUUGAGAGAGUCUGUUGCACAAAGUGGGCGAUGCAGCUUUCCAAGGACAUCAAACUCCCAGAAUGGAUGACGGGCAUCAUCCGCGAGAUCUGCAUCUUUGAGCUGAUCAAGUCAACUUGGCACCAGGAAUUCAACCGCUACGCCUGGGUUGUGGCGUACGAUCUGAAAGGCCCUGACUUUGAGUAUCAUGAUCCUGAAUGGCGUCAACUUGGUCAUGUUUUCUCUAUCGUAGCGAAACUGGCGCUUCAUCAUCCCGAAGACAAGGAAUUUUGGGUCGAGAGUAUGCCUAUCCUCAUAGAACUCUGUUUUCACUUCAACGGUGCAUUCGAUAUGUCAGAUCUUCUCGGAUGCCGGUUGUGUCUGACGCCCAAAGAGAUGAGAAAGUGGUGUCUCCCGAUGUUCAAGGCGAUAAAAAUCGCGCGGGCAGCGCUCGAUGAUGAACAGGCCUCUGCGCGACGAGAGAUGCUGCAACUUGGUGUUGAAGCCAGAGCUGGAUAUCAUGAGGCAGUCACCCGCGGUGGUCAGAAGCGCAAGGCUGGUGAUGAUGGUGGGGGUGGCGCGAAGAAGCAGAAGACAAGCGCUACUUAG